UGGGAACAACACGGGCACCGACAACGGCUGCGGCAAGUCCCAUUUCACAGCCGACAAAUUUGAGGGCAUCACCUCGCCGAAUUGGCCCCAAAAUUACACGACGAAUCUCGACUGCAACUACUAUUUGGAGGUGCCGGCAGGCCAAACGAUGCAACUGGUGUUCGACGCGUUCGAAACUGAACACUACGAUUAUUUGAGGGUCUACGACGGGGCCGAUGAUCAGGGAAAUCUGCUGGCUGAUUUGCACGACUCGCCGGCGACGGCCGAUCUACUUCACCUCCACCGGCAGCAAGAUGUACCUGGCCUUCUCGUCGGAUUUCCUGUACACCGGCACCGGCUUCUCCGCCGCUUUUUACCCGAA